AUGAUCAUGAGAUCCAUCGUCGUGCUCGGUGCUGUGGUCGCCCUGGCUGCAGCGCAACGCGCUGUGCUGGAGGAGAAGUACGGACCACCUGCGCCUUAUCAAUUCGCCUACGCCAGUGAGGAUAAGGAAGGUUCUUCAUCUCACGAAGAAUCCACCGAUGGAUCCGGUCGUAUCCAGGGCAAGUACACCCUGAACCUCGCUGACGGGCGAACUCGUACGGUCACUUAUUACGCCGACGAGACCGGAUUCCACGCCGAUAUCGUGACCAACGAGCUGGGAACUGAGUCCAAGAAUCCCGCCGACGUGACCAUCCAAUCGUCAGCGCCCACCGGGGCCGAAGCCGCCCUUGCCGGUGAAGCAUCGCGUCCUCUGCGAGGUCGCGCGUCCUUCGCCUCGCCGGUGGUCUACCCAGCGCCAGCUGCUAGCGCGUUCCGUGCCCUCGCACCUGUACACAACCGCUUCUUCCGCGCGUAG